CCGGAAGAAACUGUACCAGGAAACUCACAGGGGCUACAUAGGAUCGGUGGCUAUAGCUCAGGUACGAGAUCACGUACUUCUCGUAGAAUUUUUUGGUUAUCGACGUACGCCAUGACGAGCCGGCAGAUUGUGUUACCUAUCUUGCUACCAAGCUUGUGCUCUAUUCAGAGCACUUGCUUAUUAUUACGCUAGUUUUAUAAUACUUCUUAUCUUGUGUAAAUGCACCAACUCUCCCAGCGAUUCAAUGACCUGGAUCAUUCUGAAAGCCUUCGGCACUGUCCUGCCCACCUACUAUUUUUUGUGGUGGCCUUGGUCUCGGGGACGCGCAAAGAGACGCGUCUCUGGUGAUCUUGCCUUGUGGCGCAAGCGGACGCUAUUCUUCGGUGUAGAGAAACACCACUCUUCCACCAAGCGGUCUAAGGGACAGCGAGAUCGUUCCUGUUGGGAGCGUGUUUCCUUUCAUGCGGAACCUCCUUGUUUUGGUGUCAAUAUUCCAAUUUGUUAGCCUCCUUCUCACAUCCCUCCUUCACACCAUGUGCGCAGCCAAGUUUGGCAGUCGAGCCGUAUCACCUUUUAUUCGGUAUGGUUUCUGCAUUAGAGGUUCCGACGCUGUCGUCC